AUGACUCAUCCUGCUGCCCUGGAUCUGAUCUCUCUGGAGACCUUCCAUGAUGGCCUUGUUGUUCUCUGCGAGGGAGCGCUCCCAGACCACCACCUUCUGAACGCCGGUUUCCUUGUAGACCUUCAGCGCGUUUGGGAGGCCUCCUUGACCCUGCUUGACGCUGAAGGCUCUGUGGUCCCGGUCAAUUUUGAUGUAUCUGAAGGUCCAAUGAUCCCCAGAAAUACAUACCGGUCAAAAAUCCUAGCAUUUUUUGAAUCACUUAAAGCAAUACAAAUGCCACGUAUCGAAGAACCUGCUGCUCUGGCUUCGGCCACCCCUCCUCCUCCUCCUCCUCCUCCUCCUCCUGCUGCUGCUGCUGUUGCUGCGGCUCCGGCUCCGGCCCCCGCUUCCAAGAAGCGGGAAAGAUGCGGGGAGUGUGGAAAUUUCCACAAAGGGGAUUGCUGCGGGCGUCGCCAUAUUGGCGACUGCCCCCCCGCCCCGGCCGCUUCGGCGGUUUCGCCACCAGUUACGGUGGUUUAUAAUGUGUACGACGGGGUGGUGAAUUCCUUCUGUCCGCCUCCUACUACCUCCUUGUUGGAAUUCCUCGCUCUUAUCGACCAGCUAAAGCGCCGCACCCUCAUCAUCAAAGUGAUGCUGCACCCCGAACACAACAUAGCCGCGCGGAAAUUCGAUUCGCUUAUCACUUUGGAGCUGGAUUCGAUGGGCGUGUUGGAAGAGGUCGAUCCCCUUGGAUCGGCAUCCACGAAGUCAAUGGGUCGGACACGAUACUACGUUCGCUAG